UUAGCUCUAAUGGGCUACGCUCAUUGUACCGCCAAAGGCACUAAUUCCAACCAAGGGAAUGACAUGCAGACACACCGCCAGGCGGGCUACAGCCCCAACGUCGGACCACCUCCAGAUCGGCGACGACGCGCCGCCACGCGCCGCGCCAAGAUGGCAUCAGAAGCUUCUGAAACUGGGAACUGAAGCAUAUCAGUCCCACAUCGAAAACAAAGAGAAGAUCAACCUCUUCCUCACCUAUAAAAGGCAACGGAGGCUCUGAGAACACUAAGUAUCGAUCCGCCCACCGGAUCAGCGUUAACAAAGGUUCAGCUACCGCCGAACUUUUAGACAUUAACAUUGGCGCCGUCUGUGGGAACCCUUGAACAAAAGGCCAUCCCACCACAAUCACCAUGACUAACGGUAGCGGGGGAAACGCUGAAGAGCAGGCAGACCAUCCCGCCGUCCCCCAACUUCCCGACCCAGCAGUAGGCGUUAACCGCGCACUAUUCACAACCCCGGCCAACCCCGGCGGUGAGGCAAAUCCGAGCAGCAGCCGUCCGCCGGUCCAAGAUCUCGUCACUAUGUACGAGCUGGCACUGGCGGAUCUUCACAAGGCAAACAAGGAGCGUGAGGCGGAACGCAAGGAAAAGGCUGAGGCCCAGCGGCAGGUGGCUACGCUCAUGACACGUUUCGAGGAAUUAAAGAAGACAUUGGAGGCCACCGCCCACCCAGCACAGGGCGAGCAAUCACAUAGCACCAGGCACAGCCGACCCGGCACCGGGUCGUUGGGGCCGGGGCCGGUCAUACAGAUGCAAGUGCCGCUAAACCCGCCCGAGUUAGUAGGAAUGGGACCACCGCCCAUACCCCAACCCAUGUUGGAGCAAGAGGCGGAAUCACUCCCGCACACCAACCGCUCGGAGACGAGGACCGCGAAUGUCCCGCCUGUGCCAAGGCGCGGGCUGUCCCAGCGGGUUGUUCAGGCUGAUUCCACCAACGAUGCAACCGCCCAGAUAUUGGAAAGGAUGCACCAGUUGGAGCAGAGGUUGAUCCGGGCGGAGUCAGGUGUCCCGGCGCCAACUCAGAAUCCGCUUUUCGCUUCCAGACCCGGGCCCUUCACCGCUGCCAUUCUGCAGGCUGUCAGACCGGCAUAUGCAAAAACCCCAAAGAUGGCGCAUUACGGUGGAAUGUCCGACCCCUUCGUCCACAUGGACACCUUCAAGAAGGUCACCAACAACAAGGGAUUCGACGACGCCACUUUGUGCCACUUGUUUAGCGAAACGUUGGAUGGCGAGGCAAUGAACUGGUUCUUUGAGUGUCCGCCGGGCUCUGUCAGUUCAUUCACUGCACUAUCCCAUGCUUUCCUCUCCCGGUUCAUCCUAUUAUCCGCUGGUCAUCACAACACAAGUCAGCUGUUCAGCGUCAAGCAGGGGGAGGACGAGUCACUGAAGGCCUUCGUCACAAGGUGGCGGGCGGCAGCAUCUCAGUGCCGUGACCUAGACAAAACGAUGGCGUCGGCGGCCUUCAGGAAGGGACUGCUCAAGGGACCGUUCCUCUAUCACCUCAACUACAAUCAUCCCAAUGCGACGUAUGACCACGUCAUGAGUGAGGCGGUCAUUCACGCCCAGGCGGAAUUCAUCACAUACGGAGAAAUCCCACCACCACCAACACCAAAAUCAGCACAGCCAUCUUCCAGUCAUAAGGAAACCGCUAGCAAGACCCCCUCAGCACCAUCAACUGACAAGAAAAGGGAGUGGCCACAGGGCCACCACCAGAGCAAGCGGCAGAAGGACCAGCAAUACCAUAAGGGAAACCGCCCAACACAUGGGGAUAACCGCAACAAGCAGGCGGAGUCCUCGCAGCGCAAAAUGUAA